GCCAGCCCGGCCUCCACCUCCCCGGCAGGCCGGCGGCGCGGGCCAUGGCGCUGGCGGAGCUGGCCGCGCGGCUGAACUGCGCCGAGUACAAGAACUGGGUGAAGGCCGGGCACUGCCUGGUGCUGCUGCGGGACGUGCUGCAGCGCUUCGCCGGGGAGCAGCUCCGCGCCUUCCACCGCCAGCUGCUCGCCCGCAGCCCCGCCCGCCUGGCGCCCCCGGGCCGCCUCUGCCGCGGCCGCUGCCUUCCCCGGGGCAGGCAGUUUCAGUCCAGCUGUUCACUGUGCACAGAGUGGAAAAAGGAGAUUUUGAAUCAUCACACCAACAGGAAUGGAGAAAUUCACUGGGGAAACUGCAGACCUUGGCUUUGGCCUUCUAGCUCAUGGGAACUUGCAAAGGCGUAUAUGCCUCGUGGGCAGAUGGAUAUUUCUGGACCAGACAAGUGUGAUGCAGCUGCUCUUCUAAACCUUUUCAACUUUUGUGAUCACUUCAGUGGUAUUGACCAGAAGAAAGUCAGAGAGGUGAUUAAGUGCCGCAAUGAAUUAAUGCAUUCUUCAGAAAUGAAAGUUUCUUCUUUAUGGUUGGAAGAGUUUGAAAAGAAGAUUCAGAAUUUAUUAAAGGAACUCCAGAAUGUUCCAGAAGUUAUGACCGCUAGUACAAGGAUAGAAAAGCUUCUGUCAUCGGAUUGGGCUGUUUAUAUACCAGGGGAAGAAGAUCAGCCAGAUGGAUUGGAAGGAGAAACAGAAGUUUACAUGAGUGGGAGCCAAAUAAGUGAAAUAGAGAUGGAAUUAAUAAAGGAAAGACUUAAAGAGAUCUAUCUUCUGGUAGAAGAGCAGGAGAUGCUGUCUGAAGAGAACUUAAAUAGGAUACAGAUGACAAAGAACUUCUUAAAGGACAGCUGUGAUCUCCAGAUAAGUCUUCAGGCAGAUAUGCAGAGGCUAGAAGGCCUUGAAAAAGAGGGGUACAACCAAAGAAGAUCUAUGAAAGAGACCACGAAAGAAUAUCCCAAUCAGGAGGAAGAUGAAGGUUGUUCGUUAAAGAAAAUGAAGUGUAUUCCCAAAGAACAACUUUUGUGAAAGUGCCAGUGACUGCGUUUUGAAGAGAAGUUCCUGUAAGUGAUUGACUUGUCAACACGUAGUCUGUCCUUCACUGAGUGAGGGUAUGCCCAGCCUCUUUAGUGGCUUGGAAAACAAACUUAAAGGGUGAAUUGUCAUGAGAUGCCUUUGUAAAAUUUCAAAACUUCCUGUUGCGGUUUGAUGAUUUUGUUUCUUGGAAGAAUGUCAUGCUCUCCUCCCUCCCCUCCAACCCCCGCCUCCUUUUUCAAUUUCAAGAAUGUGGAGAAACCUAGCUAGAGCCAGGAAAUAAACUGUAGGCUUGAAGGAAUUGAUCUUGCAAGGGUAUGGAAGACUGAGAGAAGGCAGUACUGAGCCACUGGGGCUUUGUUGUUGUUGAUCCAUUAAGGCAGUUAAGCUGAAGAGAAUGGAUGUUGGGCGGCAAAAAUACAGUCCCUAGCAUAUAUCAUGAGGCCUUGAGCAGCUGGCUGUAAGAGAUAUAGUUUCAUUUGUUUCUGUGUCUGGGCCUCAUAACGCCCUCUGUUCUCAGUUUAACAUUGGCUCCUCAGUCACUUUGGUGUAAAGCAGCAAUACUUAAGGGUGGCAGCAAAACCGUCUUAAAAUAAUUAAAAUGACCACUGUACAAUGCUAUACAACAGAUUUACACCAUUCCCUGACCAUGUCCUGUGUUUACUCACAGCACGGUCGUUUUUCCCAUUCAUGAGCGCUCAUUGCAGUCUGGGCAUAGAGGUUUGCUUACAUGAUUCAAAACUGCAUACAUCUCUCAGUACCACAUGCAGACCACUGCACAGCUCUUGAGAAAGUUCUCAUCGCCAAUGCUUUAACUAUCCAUGUUUCUUUCAGUGGUGCUUUGCAUGGUCAAGUCCUAUGUAGUUGCUUAACCCUGAAAACAGUGGAUUCAGGAUUUCUGCUAAAUUUGCAGCUGUCAGAAUCCUGUAGUACCAAUUUUAAUGGAGCAAAGUCCUGACUUUUUGUGCCUUUUUUUUUUAUAUAUUUGUAAAUAUUUUUUUGCAAGCACAAUAAAACAUUCAAAAAAAAUUUUUUUUAGUUAUGCCAACAGAUGAUGCAUUUAGUACUGGCAGAGCAUAAUUUUGUUAGAUUAUUUGAGAUUAUUAAUUAAUAAUUUGAGAUUAUUAAUCCCAGUUUUUCCCACUAAGAGCAAAAAUAUUGCAAGUGAGGGACACUGUCAACUAAAACAAUCAUACAUUUAUAAUAAAACAUUUAAAAUCAAUGAUCUUCCAGAAUACUGAAACUGAUGUAAUUAAAAA